AUGGCCAAACAUCAUGAAGCCUUUAUCGGAUAUUUCUACCUCGUGACGCCAGAUCUACCAGGAUUUGGUUCAGCCCCCGCUCCUAAUGCGACUGGGCUUGACCCGAAGGUAAUGGGCAAUGCUCUCGACACUAUGAUGAAACAGCUUGGCUACGAGAAAUAUAGCGUUAUUUCCACCGAUCUCGGCGUGGUCAUCGCAGUGAAUAUUAUGGAGGCGGUUGAGGAUUCUAUUGUUGGCCAUUUUACAGAUUUCCUCUUCCUGAACCCAACGCCUGAAGAUCAAGAGAGAAUGAGUAAGGGAGAGACAACCGAAGAAGAAAAUGAGUACAUCAACGCAAUGAACACUUGGAACACUCAACACUUUGCGCAUGCACCCAUGCAUGCAAUUCAACCACUUCUUCUGUCACUCAUUCGCUGA